AGUUCGCGCUGUUGUUCUCGUCUCGUCCUUCAAAUUUCUGCUCAGAUUCGCUGGAGGCUCGUCGCGGAGGGCAGAGCACAUACUGGGCGUGUGCGUUAGUCGCGCAAUGUGCUGACUUAUGUUUCUGUGUCGCGUUCCAUCCCGAGCCAUACGACUCCCCCUCACCUCCGCACUUCAAGCAUAUCGGUCCUUCUCCACCACUCAUCGCAUACUCUACUCCGAGCCAAUAACGCCCUUCGGGCGACGUACGGGCGCCUUCAACCAUAAUCCCGGCACAAUCUCCGUCGGCACACUCCCCAUCAUAUCAUGGACGUCCUCAGAAUCCCAACACAAGCUCCUAACAGGGUACAAACGCCCUGACACUCCUGUGAAGUGUGAAGCCUACCCGUGGAUCCGCGAGCGCAACAAGAGACAGCUUGCGAAGCUCCCCAAAGAGACCUGGCUUUCGGUGGCGCACAGCGCGGUGCUGACCGGCAACGAGACCAUCGCCAACCUGCUUGUAGACGACGUCAUUCACCACGGCGUUCAACUCAAGACUACAGCUGCCUCAGUCCUGUCCAUCCUCAUCUCCGCUCCCGAGAAACUCUUAUUUUCCUCACCCACACUCCUGCGCAUAGCCGUAUUCUUUCGGACGUACGAGCAGUUCUUCACGGACGUGACGCAGGUUCGGAUGGCUAUCCACUAUGCAGCGACGCUAACCAGGCAUUCCCCCGUCGGACCGUCGAAUAGUCGCGUCAGGCGGUUGAGGUUGUAUAUGUUACCUGUCUUUCGCUAUCAGCUCAACAAACUUCCUCACGCUCCCGAACCUCCCACCGCGCAAUACGCACUCCCCCCUUUGGCACAGGCUGCAAUGGUCGUCGCUACCUCAUGCUUGAGGUGGGGCCUCGACGAGCCAGGGAAGGAUAUCCUGCUGCGGCUCUCGAAGGCCAACAUGAUCCCCGUCCACGUUCGCCGGCGACUGCAUGAUACCGAGAGCUUCACGGAGAUGCGUCUCGUAAUGAUCGCAACCGCCCUCCAUUGGAACCUUCGCUUGCUGGCCGUCUACAUCGCGCGCGACAUCCUAUCCCGAAACGUACCUGCGGCGUCUUUGGACAGCGUCGUCGCAGCCUGCAUGGAGAUUCUGCGAACUUUGCUAGAGCACCCGAACGACCUGUCCUUGCGGUCCUGCAGCUACAUGAUCCGUCGCGCGCACCCCCUGGGGGCCAUCCCUGUCAAGUACAUCACGGACUUCUACCGGGCAGCCAUUGCGCGUAACCUGGGUGAAGCCGUCCAACUUGUUUACGCUUGGUCGCGCGAGCCGGAGGUCAUGCAUGCCUGUCAUUACCCGCCGCCGCCUCCCGAGUUGGCGGUGUUCUUGCUCAAUCGGUUGGAGAGGCACAACGCACAGGCGUAUCUCCAUCGCACCCUCAUACAAGACUUUGCGGACGAGGACCAGAUCCUACCACGGUCACACCGGGUGGCGAUCAUAACGACCGCCGCGGACAAGGGCUAUGCUAUGGCCGCGCGCAGGAUGUGGGAGCGCCAUGCGGACGGGGAGGACAAGGAAGUCGUUGUCGGCAAUGGGGCGUUGAUGAUGAAGAUGGUCAGCCUCUUCUACGAUUUGACGAACCGGGCCAAGCAUGUGCUCGACUACCGCUACAAGGACCCGAUCCUGCGCAACAAGGCGCUGUUGAACGACAACGUCAUGGUCCAGCGUGCCACCGACCUAGAGAAUUUCACCAACCGCAUAAUCGACGAGUAUAUCGCAGCGCACUCCCCCUUGUCGGAGGCACAUCACUAUGUGCUUACCACUCUUGCGCGGGCGUACAUGGUCGUUGGGAGAUUCGUUGAUGGAUUUGGGGCGCUGCGGCAGUUGGUCGAUCGGCAGGAGGUACUGGACAUGACAGAUGUGAACGUCGCGCUCAGCGGUCUGGCCGAGCAGCACCCCUCGAUGGCAGCCGGCAUCCUCAAGCGUAUGCGCACGCGAAGUAUCUACCCUGACGAGACAAUGCUGGGUACUAUCCUGCACGCGGCCCGGUUGCACAAGGACCGAGAGAUCGUCGACGCGAUGGUCAAGGAGCUCCAGGAGCUCAGCCAGCAACGGCACAAGCCCCUGACCUCUGCGACAGUCACCAGCGUACUUCUCGCCUACGCGGACCCCGUCAACGGCCUCGACUCCCCUCUGCCGCUGGUCAUCAAGCAGGCGCGCAACAAGCUUAGGAAAAACCUGCGCGCCGCCUGGGAUUUCCUCUCGAAUGUGCGGCUGAAGAAGCAGGAGAGGAUUGCGUACCAGACUGGCAAGCAGCUCGUGUUAUCGGCGUUGCGUGCACGCGAUCCGGUGUUGGCGUUCGACUUCUGGGACAAGAUCAUCCUGGGAGCGUCGCACUGGGAUGACCGCGAGCACCAGUUCCUCAGGGAGCUCAUUGCGGAGAUGGUGGAGUCCGAGGUGAAGGAGCAGAAGCUGGACGAGCAGACGGCGAGGGAGAUGCUUCGCCCUCUGCGGAGCGAGCCUCAGCCGUCGUCGUAACACGUCAUGCUCCUGAGCAUUCCUCGUUCCGAGGCUAUCCCCAGAUGCAGUGAAACACUGUGCUCCAUCGCCUUCUGCCCUCGGCGGCAUCGCCCUCGGUGUCGCGCUCGCUCUCAACGGUGGAUGCAACGGCGGGAAGGACACGGUCAGGCACACCGUUGUCUCGCGUGGCUCCCUGUAGCCACGGCGUAUAAAGACACCGAGAAGCAUCUCCAUAUGGUUCUCGGACCCGUCGUCAGCGCGUGAUACGAUCUCGAGCGCCUGUUGCCUGGAGAGGGACGGUCUGGACGGAGUGGGUCGGAGUUGAACCGGUUAUGUUGCUGUGAGAACGGUUCGGUAGGCUUGUGACCUGGUUGUCGAGUUGUGCGUAUGCGAGCUGUAUGCGAGCUGGUGGUUUGAGGGAUCUGGUGGUUCGAGCGAUCUUGUGGAC